GAUGUGACAGGAUGUGACACGAAAUGAUAACAGGAUCAGAGUGACCCUCGAAAUCUGGGAUACAGAAAAGCAGUGGAUGUCCAGUCUGUGCUAGUUAAUCAAUGCUGGCACCGUUCCAUUAGUCGAUGCUAUUAGUUAAUAAUAUUAAAAAAAUAUCCCAACUUCUGAGUCACCAAAAAUCCUUCUCGCAAAAUUUAUUAUUAUUUUCAUAAACUUUAUUUAUUGAAAAGGGACGUAUUUUUAAAAUUUCAGCUGAUUCAAAACUUGGAGUUUUUUGAAAGUUUAGUUUUUAAUUCUCCAAUGAUUCAAUGAUAUUCGUAUUUAUUGUCUUGAGUAAUAGAGAACACUGAAUGGAGCAAAAUAUUCAUUCUAUCCAUAUAAAUCGUUCACCAGUUGUAUCACACUUUGCACAUGUCUGUUUUCGUUGCAACAAAUUAGAUAUUAAAUAUCCUUACAUCCAAGUUCGUUGUUUUUGUUCAAUUUUAAAGCAAUACAUACUUGUAGAUUUUGUAUUUAAAUAUCGCCUGCUGAGUCGAGGAUUUGUUAAGAGGAAUUUGGUGAUAGAAAACUUUGACUACUUUGUAAUUUAGAAGAAUAUUUUAGAAAAAAUGUCAACUUUGUACGAUCAAAUAAAGUUGCUUUACGAACAGUCUUUAUAUUCAAAUGUUAUUUCACUUGCAAAUUUAGUGUUAUCACUAAGUGAACAUAAUUCAGAUUUAUUGCCAAUACAUGGAAAAUUCCAUAUCUACGUUUAUUAUGCAGAUGCUCAUUUUCACUUAGGAAAGUAUAAAAGGGCAGAAGCAUUGUAUAAAAAGUCAUUGCAAUUUCGUAAAUGCUUAUUGAAAUCUAAAGGUGCUACGAAACCUUUAGAAGGACAAAAGGAUUUACCAACUGAUGUUGAUAUAAAAUUUCAAAUUCAUUUAUGUUUAAUAAAAUUGAAAAAUCCUCAAGAAGCACUUCAAGUAUUGCAAAGCAUUCCUGGCAAACAAAGAACUCCAAAGGUAAACAUGGUCCUUGCAAAAAUGUUUCAAGAACAAGGAAUGGAACGUUCUGCGAUUACUACUUAUAAGGAAGUUUUAAGAGAAUGUCCAUUAGCCUUAGAAGCUGCAGAAGGUCUUCUUUCCCUUGGAGUAAAAGGAAUUGAAGUGAAUUCACUAAUUGUAGGUUGUGCGUCCAAUCUGUCAAACUUAGAUUGGUUGAAUACAUGGAUCAAAGCUCAUGCACAUAUACAUAAUAGAGAAUAUAUACCUGCAAUAUCAACGUUAAGAUCAUUAGAUAAUGUUAAUCUAUUAAGAGAUAACUUUAAUUUAUUGACAACAAUGGGAGAAUGUUAUUAUUAUGCUGGAGAUGAUAAAAAUGCUUUAUUAUGCUUGCGAAGAGCUAGAAUUAUAGAACCAGAUAUCAUAAAAGGGGUUGAUAUUUAUGCAGCUGUAUUAUAUAAAACACACAGUAUUAAAGAACUUGAAAGACUGAUUCCAAUAAUAACAGCAAGCAAUGAGUGCAGUGGAGAAAUAUAUGUUGCUAUGGCAUAUUCUCUUUAUGCUACUAGAAAACUUGGUAGAGCAAACUCAUUUACAGCACUAGCCUUAAAUUUAAAUCCAAAUGAUAUAGAAGCUACAAUUCUCCGAGGGAACAUUUUUGUAGAACAGAAAAAAUACCAAGAUGCAUUGUUCUUCUUCAGGCAUGCGGUACAAUUGAAACCAUAUCGUUAUGAACCACAUAAGGGUUUGGUAGAUUGUCUUGUAGGAAUGCACAGAUUACGGGAAGCUAUCAAUAUCGCUAGUGGAUCUUGUAAACAACUUGGACACACUACGAGAGUUCUCACGCUUUAUGCGUCUGUACUUAUGAAAGAUCCAGUUUCUGUUGGAAAAGCAAAGAAUCUUUUGGAAAAGGCAUUACUUCAAGAUGAAGUUUAUCUACCUGCUGUAUAUUUGUUAGCCGAAAUAUAUGAACAGGAAAUGAAUUUGGAAGCUGCAAUUGCAUUACUUGAAAGACAGGUAGAAAUACAAACAGCUUGUAAAUUACAUCAGAUGCUUGGGGAUUUAUGGGCAAGAGUUCACAAUGAAGAGAAAGCUUUGGAUCAUUAUGCAAUUGCUAUAAAGAUGCUAGAUUUAAAUGCUAAUAAUGAAAUAUCUUUCGAGAGAUUUAAAUUCAAAAUUAUCAAAAUGGUCCUACAAAAGUUGUUUGUUGUAAGAGACAUUAUACGACAUAAUAAAUACUAACAUAAUGUUCAAAAUUAGUUUAGAUCCAAAUAAUCGAAGAGCAUUGGAAGGCAUGCACAGAUUAGAUAACUCUUCGAAUAAACUGGAUUCAUCUUAUUACAUGACUGUAGGUGAAGAACAAACAGAUACAACCUAUGAUGUUGGUGAUGGUUUACCAGACACUGAUAAUGAUGAAGCACCUGACGAAAGUGAGACUGAAGCUGUAUGGUCAGAUAUGGAUCUUGAGGCAAAUAGCCAAUAA